AAAAACGCUUUCAAAGUGAACUUGGACCUUGUGCUUAAUGCUAAAAGAUAAUAACAAUUAUCAACGAUCCGGAACAUCGUCUUUGUAUCAGUGUAACAGCCUUGAUUUGAGCAGUACUCGGGGUAGAUCGGAUGCAGAAAUCCCUCACAACAACAACGUCACAUGUCAUAUAUGCAGUCACCCGAGUUCUACCUUGCAGAGUUUACUUUCUUGUAUCGAAUGCAACAUGCCUCCAUUAAAGUUCUGCGCGAAUAUUUCGUGGUUAUUCACUGACUUACCGGAAUUCAGCCAAAGAAUAUACGCUGCUAUGUCUGCCGGGUUUCAAGCCGUGGAAGCGGCUUGGCUUUACGACUGUGACAUUCAAGAGCUGCAGAGAAUCAAGAAUGCUACAGGAGUUGAGGUUGUUCUAAUCAACACACCCCCUGGGGAGGUGAAGGCUGGUGAACUUGGUCUCGGAGCUGUGCCCGGGAGAGAGGCUGAGUUCAAGCAGGGUCUGGAUCUGGCUUUGCAAUAUGCAAAGGCAUUAAACUGCAAGAGAAUCCACUUGAUGGCUGGAAGGGUACCUGUGGGGGCGGACCGAACAGCUGUUGCCACGGAGAUGGAGGCUACCUUUGUGCAGAAUCUGAAACAUGCUGCAGUUGUCCUCUCAAAGGAGGGAAUCACUGGUCUUAUUGAACCCAUCAACACAAGAAUAACAGAUCCCAGGUAUUUCCUGGACACGCCACACCAGGCGGCUGCCAUUCUGCAGAAAGUUGACCACCCAAAUAUUAAACUGCAAAUGGAUAUAUUUCACUGGCAAAUAAUGGAUGGCAAUCUGACUCAAAAUAUUCAGAAGUAUUUCCCCCUAAUCGGUCACAUCCAGAUUGCGCAGGUUCCACAUCGUGACGAGCCGGACCGUGCUGGAGAGCUGAACUUUACUUAUCUCUUCACCACGCUGGAGGAACUAGGCUAUCAGGGAUUCAUAGGCUGCGAAUAUAAACCCACAGCAUCGACACUUGAUGGUCUGGGUUGGAUAAAGGAGUACUGGAGGUGUAACAAGUGAGGCUAGCUGUCUUCCUUUGUGAUCCCUGGCCUGAUGCCCUCUUCCUGGCCAAACCAGGAGCCACCUGCCCCCCCCCCCCCUGGACCAGACUUCUUAUUUUAGUAUUAAGAGUAUUACAUUUAAUAGGCCUAUUAUCUGUUAUUUCAGUUGCCUAAAUACACUUGAUGGAUUUGACAGUGAUUUGAAUGGCGGUGUCAACACUGACUAAUUAGUUUGCUCUGGUGUAAUUACUUUGCACAAUAACGGCAACCAUGUUUACAUGUUCUUAGAUGCCGUCUGUAAAGUGGUCAUUAAAUCUGAUUUGUACACACGAUAA